AUGGCACGCUCCGACUACAGCGACGGACCAGACGACUACUUGAACAGUUCCUUCUCAUCAGAUGAUGCCUACCACAAUCCACUCCCUCGCAAGCCGUAUCCAGCAGCCACAAGACCUUUCCCCGGAGAACAGAGACGCUCCUCCAGACAUCAUGAGACGACCCACAUGGACACGCGUCACAAGGAGCGCAGAAGCGACCGACGACAGGCCAGCGUGUCUCACCCAAAGCUUCCGAGAUCCACAUACAGGGACACAGAGCCACGCAAGCGUCGACCCUCAUGUCGCACGGAAGACGUAAACCGCAGGGAGCGAAGGCGAAGCCAGACAGCUUCACGAGAUGUCGAUGGAGAGGCGCAAAGACGUGAGCGGAGACGGCAGCGCAGGCAAGAACGUGCUGCUCGAGAUCCGGAACAAGAAGCGCAAAGACGAGAACAACGACAAGAGCGAAGAGCCGCAAGACGACGUGAGCAAGAUGCCGUCCGACCCGAGGAGCGAGAACGCGAUGAGGAAGGUUUCAGCUCUCCGGCAGAUCAGGAGAGUGAUAUGGAAGAGGCAACUAAUGGUCUGCGCGUUGUCCCUCCUGCAACGCUCAAAAACACGACACACGAUGUGCUCGACUCGCAUCCCCCUGCGGACCCGACCUAUUCUGCGGAAGGAGACUUGGAACUUGGACGGCCGUAUCGAACCCCCAGACAGCACAGCGAGAAUUACCGUCAUUGCCAGUCGAAACGACCUCCAUUCGAGCGAUAUCCUCGUAGCGACUCGUGGCAAUCAUCUGCGGACAGCUGGAGCGUUGACCCGGAGAAGAAGCGUCCUUACUCACGUUCAAAUUCCACGUAUUACGACGAGCUCCAGUGGUACAAGCGCACCGCUAUGCCCGACCACCAUGAGAAAUACAGAUAUGAACGAUGGCGCAAUGAGCCGCGAUGCUGCUGCGGUAUCAGGCGGAGAUGGGCCGUCUGUGGUUCCGCAAUCCUUGCAACCAUAAUUCUCGUCGUCAUCGUCGUGGUCGCUGUCGUCGUCUCACGAAACAGCAAAGCCACCUACACACCCUCCUCAGCACAAGUCAACAACACAGCAGCUUUCCUUAGCGGAGGCGCCACGCACGACAGCGUCAACGACACCAAAGACGGCAUCGGCGCCGGCACAGAUACAUACAGGUACUAUCAAGGCAACGCCACCAACUUCCCCAACCAGACCCUCUGGGUUUCCUUCGAGGACAUGUGGAACGCCAACCUCGACACCAUCAAACAAUCCUGCGGCUGGCUCAAAUACGGCAACGACGAUACCGACGAAGAAGUUCAAGACAUCCACGACGCCAUCCAAGACCGCGCCAAUGCCUCGCUGGUAGACCACCGUCUCAUCCUCGCGCUGGUCAUGCAGGAAUCCCACGGGUGCGUGACUAUCCCGCACACGACUUCAUCCGGCGGCGUCGACAACACCGGCCUCAUGCAAGCGCACGAUGGUAAAGCAUACAAUAGACAGCAUCAACGAGACAGUAUUUUUGAGAUGAUACAGGAUGGCACGCAAGGGACCAAGAAGGGCGACGGAUUGGUUCAGCUCCUGAACAUGUACGGCAAUCCGUAUUCCGCCGCGAGAGCGUACAACAGCGGGUACGUACCAAAGAGUGGUGAUUUGUCCGAAGCGGCAGGCGCAACAGCUUGUUAUGCGUCGGAUGUUGCGAACCGGUUGACGGGUUGGGUUCAGGCUACUUCGAGUUGUCCGGGAUAA